AUGGCGACAGAUUACAACAACACACAACAACAACAACAGCAACAACAUCCCAACAACUACACCAUCAAUAUUACAACAAAAACAACACACUGGCUAGAGGAAGAACAACGGAAAUGGAUACCACAAACAAAAACCGUUACCGCAAAUCACUGGGUGCCAACUCAUCAUCGACUGACGUCACUUCACUCACCUCAUCACUUCAUCACAAUCUCUCUCCUCCUCUUCUUCAUUUCUCCACAUCUCUCAAUCGUAGUGGAGGCCUUUGAAAAUGUCUGUCAGGCGCAGACAGGCCCCGGCCCCAAUGACUUCACUUACUCCGUCUGCCAGGGUGACCCGCUGAAGAUUUUGAGGAGCAACGCUUCCUACAGCAACACCUCCCCGAGAAGAUGCUUCACGUGCACGGCCAACCAGUUUCCCAUCUCCUACAUGACUGACGUCAUCCCUAACACUGACGGCCAGCCGAACUACAACACGAGUUGGCAGUCCCUCACCUGGCUAACGUUCGGUCGGCGACCCCAGGCCAGUAUUUUAAUAUCGGCCGGGAGGAGAUUUGUCUUGCAGGACGAUCUGAAGUUCACUUUUGCGUCUCAGAGGCCGAAGCAGGCUAUCUUAGAAAAGUCGGUUGACUACGGCGUGACGUGGCAAACUCUGCAGAUCUACAACAUCAGCUGCGCCAGUGUUUACAACGCAGCCAUCAAGCAGAGCAUAGUGGCUCCUGAUGACGUCAUGUGCAGUGAGGAGUACAGUUCGGAGUGGCCGAGUACUGGAGGGGAGGUCAAAUUUGAGGUGAACAGGGACAGACUGCAGAUGUACUUAGGAAGCAUGUUCAACAACUUCGAAGCUCUCUACAAUGCCUACCAAGAUACAAAUCUCCUAGAAUUCCUCACCUUCACCGACCUCAAACUGAAUCUCAUCUACCCUGGCACUGACGGUGGAGAGUUCAGUGGCAGACAGAAUGAUCUAUUGGGAUAUUCAUAUGCUAUCUCUAAUAUUUAUUUAGUGGCUGGAUGCGACUGCAACCGCCACGCGAAGUUCUGCGUGCCACAGAACGGCAGAAUGGUAUGCGUGUGUGAACACAACACGGCGGGUGAGAAUUGUGAAAAAUGUCUGCCCCUCUAUAACAACAGACUUUGGGCCCUUGGAUCAUUCAAACCACCCUUGAAUGGGACUGCCAACGAAUGUCAGAAAUGCGAGUGUCAUGGCAGGGCAGUUGAAUGUUUGUACGACCCUGGGAAGGGCAGAGGGGUAUGCAUCAACUGCGCCAACAACACCAUGGGCGAUAAUUGCGCCGAAUGUAUGAAUGGCUAUUUCAUCAACUCCUCCAUCUCCAUUGAUGACCCUGGCGUUUGUAAUAAGUGCGACUGCGAGCCACACGGCAUGGAGUCCAGCACGGAAAUGAAUUGUAGCUACGGGACCGGUCAGUGCCAGUGCAAGAAAGGGGUCACGGGCCUCAGGUGCGAUUCUUGUUACUCGGGCACCUACGGACUCCUAAGUAACGACGCCACCAUUGGCACGUGUAAACAGUGUAGUUGCAACGUUCAGUGGACGAUAAACGGUCGAAAUGAUUGUGACCAGCUAACCGGACAGUGUCCGUGUGUGACGGGUGUGGGGACGAGAGACUGCUCCAUAUGCAGUGACGGAUAUUUCAAGAAUGCCACCAACAAUAAUAAAUGCGACCCAUGUCAGUGCAACUACGGAGGUGCAGUCAACCAGACGUGCAACAAACUGACCAGCGAUUGCACGUGUCGACCGAACAUCAUCAGCGGUUCUUGUCGAGUUGCUAAACCGGAUUUCUACGUACCGGCCCCGGAUUACAUCAAUCUGAAACCGACUCCAGGAUCGACGAGUACUUGCACGAAUACCACCAGCGUUGAUAAACCGAUAGAUGAACCGUUUACGGAGAGAUGGUACUUUAGCUGUUUUUUCGGUCAGAAAGUAAAUUUUGUUGACGUGCUCAGUAGGGUUCGCAGGCAAGGAAAUAUUAUCCAAUCCUACGUACCAAGCGUGCGGUACGCAAUUAGGGAUGUGUACUCGAUACCAGGUGCCACGCUGACGAUCACCAAUACCGGACCGAAUAUUAAUUUCGAUCCAACCCUCUACCCUCCCUCCAACGGAUCCGCUUCCGAUUGCAUCCAAGGAAGUACUCAAGUCUUCACCAUCUUCAAUCUACCUCCCGGUUUUGGACAAGCAUGGUGGAACGACACAGCCAAAGCCCUUUUAAACGCUCGUUGCAAAUAUGAUGCAGAGUUCAAGGUCACAGAUGCGGUCAACUUCAGCAGCCCACUCCUCUUUGAUUCCUUGGUCCUCGUUCCAGAUCCUGACGCCAGCCUCGUCUACACGUCCAAUGUGGAGAAACAGGAAAUAUAUGACCAGUGCAUCUUUGGCCUCAUUCAAAUGUACAGCAACGUGCGUAAUAGGUGCUUGGAGUACUACUUUACUCUCAUGGCCGAACAGACUGCUGAAGCUUACGCGUGCAAUUGUGAUUCAGUGGGCACCGUUCCAGGUAGUGUGUGCAGUUACGUCAGUGGUCAGUGCCAGUGCAAGCUGAACGUUGGAGGAAGGAGGUGUGAGUACUGCCUGCGAGGUACCUUUGCAUUCUCUGACACUGGAUGCCAAAACUGCAGCUGCGACAUGAACGGCUCCUUCCACUCCGUAUGCGACUACACGAGCGGCCAGUGUCCAUGUCGACCGAAUGUCGCCACGUACGGUCAAAUCACAACCAUGGGCGCUCCGUCCGAGCGUUACUGCCGAUUCUGCCUCGCCAACUUUUUUGGCUUACCUUCGGGUCAGGGUUGUCAGCCCUGCAACUGCCACUCCAACGGAAGUGCGUCACAACAAUGUGACGUCAUCACGGGUGCCUGCCCUUGCAAGGACACGUUCGGAGGGCAGAAGUGCGAUCAGUGCAGAAAUGGAUUCUACGGGUUCAAUGCUACUGCUGGAUGCACUUGUGAUUUGUCGGGCAAUUGCUACUGCAAGCCCAACGUGGGAGGAGCCAAGUGCAACCAGUGCAAGCCAGGAAUGUACAACCUGGAUGCGACAAAUGCAGACGGUUGUCAGCCAUGUUACUGCUCCUCAUCCGCAUCUUCACCGCCACCCGUCUGCACGUCUGCAGUUGGAUUCAAGAUGACCACCAUUCAAAAUGAUACAGGCUGGGAAGUACAAAACCCCUUCUUCCUCUUCCACCUUUCCAGCCCUCCCCCCUACCUCGGCUACCGAGUCUCCUCCUACAAUCAGUUCAUCCAGUUCACCAUGCUCUCCAACACUACGUUCAAUUCUGGGAAAGUUCAACUGGUCAUCUUAGUGGCUGGAGAUGGCAGGAGAAUUUCCUACCAGCCAGACAACGUGGCCUUCCUUCAGAACCAGCCAAACCUUCUUCGUGUUCAGUUGAAUGAGAAGUUUUGGGUUGAUAGCGCCAGAACACUUUCUUCCUUAUCCCAGCUCCUCAUCCAGACAUAUUUCCUGGAAAGAUAUCAGGUGACGUUGUCUCAGGUCAUAAUGACGUCAUCUGCUCCAAUCGACUGGCCGUACAUUGCUAUCAAUUACGUUGAACAGUGCACGUGUAGCAAUAACAUGGAAGGAUUAUCAUGUGAGAGGUGCAAGAAAGGAUUCAAACGUGCGGUCGUGAACGACACCACAAGCGCCUGCAUCGACUGCCAGUGUGAAGGAAUGACUGCAGACACUCAAGUGUGUGAUGAAAUGGUGGGCAGAUGUUUGAAUUGUCCAGCGGGCAGAGUGGGCGACAGGUGUGACAAGUGCGCGCCAAACGUUGACGAAUCAUUGGUGGGGGCAGAAAAGUGUAGCAAGUGCAAGAAGGGGUAUUGGGGCAUUUCUAGUGCUGGCUGCGUGCCCUGCCAGUGCAAUGCUGUGGGCUCGCAGGACACAACGACAUGCAACAUGACGUCAGGCCAGUGUACGUGUCAGCCCAAUGUCGCCGGCGUCAGUUGCGAUCGAUGCUCUGAUGGGUACACCAAUUUCACUGUUGCCGGUUGCUCCAUGUCUAGCGACCAAACUUCCCAGAUCAACGGAAUUUCCAAUGCAACUUUGUUCGCUUUUGCUAACAGGCUGGUGAAGGCAGAAGCUGAUUCUAAGUAUUUGAAAACCAUAGUGGCGGACUUGAACACAAGCCUGCCUUCCUACUCCGACUACAUAGAAGAACUAGAUGUCAUCUACCAAAUAUUUGAUGCCAGUUUGGACACUGUCCUCAGAGUGCUGAGUGACGCAAUCGCAAAGUUGCUGGACUCCAUAAAAACCAACCAGGCACACGCGCGGACGUUCGCCAAUGAAGCUUCACUGAAGCUGCUGCAACUUUCAAAAUCAUUUCCAGCUUACCUGUUGAAAACAAGCCAACUGAGCAAUUUGUCUGACUCCUUGAAUCAGAUGAAUCAGCAGUUCUCUGGAGUUUCAUCACCGAUCAGCAACAGUUUCGCCGUCCUCAACAACAGCGUCAUUACAUUGGAAUCGAACUCCAACAUUUUAAACUCCAACGUCAUUAACUUAUCCACGAAUCUGACGCAGCAAAUAAUGACGAAGAACACGAGCCUCGUGAACGAUCUAAACAACACAAUAGAGAAAGAAAUUGCAUCGUUGAACGUUUCAUCGGCCAGCCUGAAACUGGGGACAGCAGGCAUCAAACUGACCGCCUUCAACCAACUGACGUUCAACAGUACCGUCAUCUAUAAUAUGAUUCGUAACGUGAACUUCACUGGAGAUGACGUCAUAAAUGUAUUAGCUCUGGACGACAGGUUCACCGCCCUGCAGAACAACGCUCUGGAUCUCGACACGAGAGUCAAAACAGCAAGCAACCAGACUGCCCCGUUGGAAAAUGAAAUUCAAAACUACACCCAACUGACCACAGACCUCCUGACACGUGCCAACGUCUAUCUGUCUCAAGCAGCCACCGUCAAUGGCAGAGUGACCACAGCCAGCGCGAAGGCAGACCAGGCUCUCAACCAAUCCAUAACGGUCACCAACAAUGCAGCUAACAUGGCUGACGUCAUGAAGAACUUCAACGACAAAGCCAACGCUCUGAUUGCACAGUCGUCAGGCAUCAUUCAAACAGCCAACAACAACAUCAACAUGAUCACAUCGGCGAGCACGACUGCACUGGCGAUCAUAACCGCAGUCGACCCUCUGCUGCAACAAUGCACAGCUGCCUACGGCAUCGCUAAUUCAACAUACGAUCGCUGCAUGAGUUUCAAUGCAACGCUGACUCCAGUUAUGACAAAAAGUCGCAACUUAACUGAUUCAGUCAACCAGAAUCUCAACGACGUUAGCUUCAAAAUGUACCAGGCUAGUCGAAACGCUCUCAAUUCAUACAGCAAUGAUAUCGACGGAUACAGCACAAAAGCUAGCGACUUGGAUAACGCUGCGGCUAAAGUGCGCAGUUUGGCGAACGCAGUGGGAAACAACAUCACAGAUACUACGAAAGUUCUCAGUAACUUGAAUACUCGACUGGAUGGAAUCAAUCCUCCCGCCAUUGAUAUGGUGACCGCACUACUGAACGACUGCCGAGCCACGAAAGUGACGUUCGACAGCUACAGCUUGCCAGCUGCCGUGCAGAAACUGCAGAACGAUUUCCUGCUAAACAAGCAGUGGUUGGAUGACUUGACGAAGAAACGCGAUGAUCUGUUACUUCAGAAAAACAGAAUGAAGGUGGUUAUGUCGCAACUAUCUUGA